AUGCGAAUACACAGAAAUCCCAAAUCUGGAAAUGGAAAACCACACACGAGGAAGCAAAUCAUUCCCUACCAUCCCACACGGCCAUUCAAUUUUAUUCAAUUGCCGCGAUGGUCAACUUGGGCAGCUCUGCGCAGGCGUCAAAGUUCCUUCAGCGCGGAUAAAAACAAGGCGGAUAUCUGUAGAGCCACAGUUCCCAAGAUGAGGUCGGCCCAGUGGUUUGUACUUCUCUGUUGCUCUUUCUGGUUCCUGGGCGGCGAAUGCAGUUUGGCGGGCAAGGAUGCCUGGCUGCGCCCCGGCUGCCACAAAGUGGGCAACACGCGCAAGAUUUCUAUCCCUGAUUGUGUGGAGUUCACCAUAACGACCAAUGCCUGUCGGGGAUUUUGUGAAUCAUAUUCUGUGCCGUCGAUUCCUUGGGCAGGGGCCUCGCUUACUGGACUGUUCAAGCCACCGAAGCCGGUGGUAAGUGUCGGCCAAUGUUGCAACAUGAUGAAAUCCGAGGAGAUACAACGUCGCGUACUGUGCAUUGAGGGCAUUCGAAAUGUCACCUUUAAAAGUGCCGUGUCUUGCAGCUGUUAUCAUUGCAAAAAGGACUAGACCCAGUUUUUCAAACAGCAUUGAGCUAAGUGUAUGCCUGAGCCACUUGAUUGAUUUUGUUUAGCAAUAUGUAUACAUAAACUAUCCUGUAAUUGUUAUUUCCUCGAUUGGCGUGUUUACUUUUUGGGGUCACCACAAAAACAACCUAUCAACUUGCGCACCGCAAAGUAUACAGACCUAACAAGUGUUCCUCUAGCUCGUGUAUCCUGCGAUAUGCAAAGGAAUGGACUAGACUAAA